UUUUUCAGGGUUUGCUUGUCUUAUCUUUCUCUUCAGCCAAGUUAUACUUUGCGACAGCUCCAAAUGCAGGACAGCAAGGAAUUACUUUUAAACAGAAUGGACAGCUCUGAGAAGGACAUGAAGGUGCAUCGAGGUUUUAACAUACCUCCAGAGGAGGAGGCAUUUCUUUUGGGGUGGAAUGAGAUGGUUGCUAGUGGGUCUCAUCACGUCCUCCGUGAAUGCUAUACGCAGGGCAUGACGGAACAGCAAGAUUUUGACAUACCUCCAGAGGAGAAGGCAUUUCUUUUGCAGGGGAAAGAGGGGGUUGCUAAUGCACUGCAGGAAAUUCUUGACCUUCAAAUCCAAUUGGAUCCCUCUAAGGACAGCGAGGAAUUACUUUCAAACAGAGUGAACAGCUCUGAGAAGGACGUGAUGGUACGUCAAGAUUUUGACAUACCUCCAGAGGAGAAGGCAUUUCUUUUGAAGAGGAAAGAGGUGGUUGCUAAUGCACUGCAGGAAAUUCUGAAUAUUCCAUUGGAUCACUCCAAAUACAAGGUGCCAACAGUGGCUGUGGUGUGUUCAGGAGGCGGCUCCAGGGCCAUGAUAGGCACAUACGGCUCUCUGAAGGGACUGCAGAGCCUCGGCCUGCUCGAUGUCAUCACCUACAUGACUGCAGUUUCUGGCUCCACCUGGACCUUUGCUAGUCUCUUCUCAGAUGACUCUUGGUCAAAGGAAAACCUGGACAAAGAGAUAGCAUCAAAGAAAAAAGAGCUGUCUAAAAGCACAUUUACUAUUUUCUUUCGGAAACUAUGGUAUUAUCGCUCUGAGCGGCACAACAGAAAGAAAGAAGGCUACCCAGUCUCAAUCGUCGAUUUAUGGGGACUCGUUAUAGAACAGCUUAUCUUUGGAAAGAAACAUACAAAGACACUCUCUGACCAGAAGAAGGCAGUCUCUAAGGGCCAGAACCCUCUUCCGAUCUACACAGCAGUGGAGAUGGAUGAUAGUGCCUCUGCUGACCAUGAUUGGUGUGAGUUUACUCCAUUUGAGGUGGGAUUCUUUAAAAAUGGAGCAUUUGUCUCUGCAGAAGAUUUUGGGAGUAAGUUCCACAAUGGUCAUGUGGUUAAGAAUCUGCCAGAAACGCGAAUUCCCUUCCUCCUGGGUAUAUGGAGCAGUUUUUUCUCUGCUAAUCUGUUGGAGCUCUGGACGUAUUUUCGCGAUUUUUGGAAGGAAGGGUAUGCAAAUCAAAAGUGUCAAUCUAUGGGUGAUGUGAUUCACUGUCGCCCCCUUAUCAGCAAGGUCUUUAACUUCCUUAAAGGACUUUUCCGGAACAACGCCUCACUGGAAACAGACAAAGACACAGACUCUGAUGCCGUUCCAAACAAGCUGUCUCCAACGCACUCGUACCUUAACUUGGUGGAUUCUGCACAUGCCAUUGACAUAGCUUUCCCUCCUGUGCUGCGGCCACAGAGACGUGCCGAUAUCAUUCUGUCCCUCAACUACUCCUUGGAAACAGACCAUUUACAGGACCUAAAGAAGACUCAGCAAUACUGCAUUGAUCACAAGAUACCAUUCCCAAAGAUAGAUUUCAGCAAGUACCCACCUGAGCCCAAAGAGGAAGUGUAUGUGUUUAUGGAUGAGGAGAAUCCCGAUGCUCCCAUGGUGCUCCACUUCCCGCUGGUCAAUCUCUCAUUUAAAGAAUACAAAGAACCAGGAGUCAAGAGAACAACAGAAAAGGAGCUAAAAGAAGGAGAAAUUGAUUUAAGCAGUAGUAUAAACUCUACAUACAACACCUUAAAUCUCACAUACACUCCUGAAGACUUCCAACGUUUGGUGAACCUCACUAAGUACAACAUUACCAACAACAAAAAAACUAUAAUAAGAGCACUUAAGACAUUUUUAAAAUUGGAAUAAAAUGAUCUUGUUUGCAAUUGCCUAGAUGAUAAUUAUGGAAACUGCAAAGUUAAAUAAGGAAUGAUGGAUGAAUUUAGGAUUGAGUGUAUUAGGUGUUAGUUUAAACCACAGCACAGUUAAAUUCUUAAAUCUGAUUACCAUAAAUUAACCAUUAAUCGAUUUUUAUUAAUACUAAUAUGUUACAUUCAAUAGCUACAGCUGAUUCACAGGGAUUUUAUGGCAGAGGAUAAUAAGACUAUGUAACACUUUUCGCUUUUUGUCUUUUUGGUUGAGGGUAAAGCUCUAAUAUUACCAAUGCAUAAUUAAAUCCUUCAUCACAGCACUCCAGUGGCUUAUUUUCAUGUAAA